AUGCAAUACGUGCGCUCCUUGUCCGGCUCCGUGUCCAAGACGUGGAACUCGAUCAACCCAGCCACCCUCAGCGGCGCGAUCGACGUCAUUGUCGUCGAGCAGGAAGACGGCUCUCUGGCCUGCUCGCCCUUCCACGUCCGCUUCGGCAAGUUCUCCCUGCUACGGCCCUAUGAGAAGAAGGUCGAGUUCAAGGUCAACCAUGAGCGUCGCGACUUCCCCAUGAAGCUGGGAGAGNGGGGUGAGGCCUUCUUUGUCUUCGAGACUUCGUCCAGCGUGCCCGAAGCUCUCCAGACAUCUCCCCUCGUCUCACCCGCCCAGAGCCCCGACUUCACAUCCACCGACUCAACCGCUCUGGCCGAACCCGACUCCUUCGACCUCAACUCCUUGUCUGCCACCCUGCCAGCCACCCCCACAUACAACAGGAGGGAGCACGCCAGAUCCGUCGCUGCAAUCAACUUCAACCCUCUUCAUCCUGACGAGAGACGCGCACAGAGUGACAACGGCCAAGCUGUGUCUCAGGACGACCAGUCCGUCGCUACCGAACACCCUAGACCUCUGCCCGCUCACCUCCAUCGCUCUGCCACUGACGAUGCCGUCCCCGCUGCGAGAGCUACCAUCAACGCCUCCAUCAAGGCAAGCGACCCCAUAACACAACCCCUCCACUCCGAGUCUACGCGUUCGAGGACCGAACGAUCCACAAGCCCGCCGCCCAUCUCUGGCGAAGAAGCCAUUACGAGAGCCAUCAAUCUCUCCAAAAAGCUAUGGAGUUCCAACAUUCCUUCCCAAGUCACCGACAAGGGUGACAUCAUGCUGGACAUGACGGGUUACAAGAGCAGUGAAGAUGAAGGCUUGCGCGCAGAGGUUUUGGCUAGAAAGAUUCUGUCCGAAGAACUUGAAGGCAAUUAUGACAUUGGUUCGUUGAUUGGAGCAGACGAAAAGGGCAACCUUUGGAUCUAUAGUAGCGAGGAAGCAAAAGAGCAGGCCAACAGGAAAGUUGCCCAGGGCUUGAACCUCUUGAACCCUGCAGGCUUCACCUCCGCCGACGCUCUGUCAGAUCCAGGCUACCACUCGGACGAUUCUCGCAGCGAAACUAGCGCCACGUUCAAUGCUUCGCACAUGCGACGAGACUCUGACAGCGCUGUAGGCCUGUCAUCUGGUCCUGCAUCCCCACAUGCUGUUGGCGAUCCGAACCGCAACUAUGCAAAGACACUCCGUCUGAGUAGCGACCAGCUCAAGUCUCUGGAUCUGAAACCAGGGCCCAACCCCAUGAGCUUCAGCGUCAAUCGUGCCACCUGCACUGCUGUCAUCUACCGCUGGCGUUGGGAUGUGCCUAUUGUCAUCUCAGACAUUGACGGCACAAUCACCAAGUCAGACGCUUUAGGCCACGUCCUAAACAUGAUUGGUCGUGACUGGACUCAUCUUGGUGUAGCCAAGUUGUUCUCGGAUAUCUCAGCCAACGGCUAUAACAUAAUGUAUCUCACCUCCCGUGGAGUAGGCCAGGCCGAUACGACAAGAAACUACCUCGCCAAUGUGGUCCAAGAUGGAGGAUUCAAGCUACCAAGAGGUCCGACAAUCAUGAGUCCAGAUCGAACAAUUGCCGCUUUGAGGCGAGAAGUCUACCUCCGAAAGCCAGAAGUGUUCAAGAUGGCUUGCCUUCGCGACAUAAUGGCACUAUUUACUGGAUCGGGAGGCAGCAAUAACGCGGAUAAAGCAGGACCUACAACCUCGGCCGAAAGCAGCAACGGACUUGUCGGAAAGUCAAGUGGAAAGGGCGGCUCGCCAUUCUACGCAGGCUUUGGAAACCGUCUAACAGAUGCGCUAUCGUAUCGCUCUGUCAACAUCCCCAGCACAAGGAUCUUCACCAUCAACUCGAACGCAGAAGUCUCGUUAGAUCUGCUAUCACUCAACACAUACAAGACGGGUUAUGUAAGCAUGCGCGAGAUUGUUGAUCACUAUUUCCCACCCGUGGGACUGCUUGUCAAAGGUGGUGGCGAGGAGUUUACAGACUUCAACUACUGGCGCGAGAAGCCGCUCGAACUUGCCGAUUUUUCUGCUUCCGAGAGCGACGACGAUUCCAGUGACGAAGGAUCAAUACGCGGAGGUCUGCGAGGAAACAACAGAUCUCGUGCCAAUACGCGGCGAUUCAGCGACGAAGACAACGAUAUGAACGAGAGCUAUCUCUCGGAAGCUCGACACAGUAUCGAAGACGAGGAUAAUGCUAUGUAUCACUCUGUCCUCGAGUCUGUGGAAGGCGGAGACAGGGAUGAAGAAGAAGAUGAGGGCGAGGAGAUCUAUGAGGACGACGAAGAAAGCGACCAGGAUGAAGAAGGAUUUGAUGAAAAACAUCUUCCCAAUCGGUUAGCAUCUGCAUCUAGAGCCUCGACGGCGUAA